GCUGCUGAUUUUUAUUUAUAAACAAAAGUUAGGAUCUUGAGUUCACUGCCUGAAAGGAUGCCUCAGGCAUAUUUGGUGGUGCAUUACAAGAUAGAACUGAGUAGAAAUGGGAUGGGGGGGAGGGGGAAAUGAGAGCUAUGGAAGGAACAAACAGGGCUGUGGAAAGCUCAUUCAAAAAGGAAGAUGUGCAGUCGGCUUAAUGAUCACCACUUGUCCUGUUCUGUGAUGUAACCAAGGUUGGCAAUCAGAAAACCAAAUCUUGUUACGUAAAUAGAACCAUUUCCCACCUCUACUCUGACUGAAUUUGCUUUUGAUCAGAGCGAAUAACUUAAUUGUGAACUUGCAGGUAACGAUGGCAGACUCCGAAAGUGUGAGGAUUGCUCCGGAAAUGCCGGCCAUGUUUGAUGGGAUGAAGCUGGCCGCAGUCGCCGCAGUGUUGUACAUCAUUGUAAGAUGCCUGAAUCUCAAGAGCCCAACUGCUUCUCCAGAGCUGACAUUCCAGGACACUCCGCUAACUCGAUUUCUGCUGAAAUCAUGCCCACUGCUGACCAAAGAAUAUAUUCCGCCCCUCAUCUGGGGAAAGAGUGGACAUGUGCAGACAGCAUUGUAUGGUAAAAUGGGACGUGUAAGCUCUCCCCAUCCCUAUGGUCUACGCAAGUAUCUUCCCAUGCCUGAUGGAGCUACUGCUACGUGGGACCUUUUUGAGCCUAUGGCAGAGCACAACACUGGAGAGGAUAUUACUAUGGUGAUUUGUCCUGGGAUAGCUAAUCACAGUGAAAAGCAGUACAUUCGGACAUUUGUCGAUUAUGCCCAGAGGAAUGGAUACCGCUGUGCUGUUCUCAAUCAUCUCGGUGCUUUGCCUAAUAUUGAACUUACUUCUCCUCGUAUGUUUACAUAUGGUUGUACAUGGGAAUUUGGCGCCAUGGUGAACAACAUAAAGAAAGCAUUCCCUCAGACCCAGCUGGUGGUUGUGGGGUUCAGCCUGGGUGGAAACAUAGUUUGCAAAUUUCUUGGAGAGGAUCAAGUGAACCAGGAAAAUGUUCUUUGUUGCAUCAGCGUUUGUCAAGGCUACAGCGCACUACGGGCACAGGAAACUUUCCUCCAAUGGGACCAGUGUCGGAGGUUUUACAACUUCCUAAUGGCAGACAACAUGAAAAAGAUUAUUUUAUUUCACAGAAAAAUAUUGUUUGGAGAGAAUGGGUGCAAAUCGCCUAAUGCUCUAGUAGAUGUGGAUCUUAGCAAACUUUACACAGCAACCUCACUGAUGCAUAUUGAUGAUAACAUCAUGAGGAAAUUCCAUGGCUAUGACACGCUGAAAGAAUAUUACGAGCAAGAAAGCUGUAUGCACUAUCUUCACAAUAUACAGAUUCCUCUACUGCUAGUGAAUGCUCAAGAUGACCCUCUAGUGCAUGAGAGCUUGCUGACCAUUCCUCGUUCACUUGCAGAGAAAAAAGAAAAUGUCAUGUUUGUGCUAACACUCCACGGUGGGCACCUCGGAUUCUUUGAAGGGGCGGUGCUUUUCCCAAAACCUUUAACUUGGAUGGAUAAACUUAUUCUCGAAUACACAAACGCUAUAUGUCACUGGGAGAAGAACAAGCCCCAAUGUACAACAUCAUCAGAUCAGAACUGUUCAGACCACAGCGAGUAGCCACUGUACAAACCUUAUUUGCCAAAAUCUUCAAUCAUUCGGUCCCUUUAUUAUCAUUACAUUCCUGGCUUGGGUUUGGUAAUCCUAAAACACCUCCCUGCUGUAAAUGUAGUUCACCCAGCCAAGUUAUUCUCUUAUCACAACUGUUUAAGAGUGAUUGCAAGACCCUUUAUGUAUUUUUUCCGUGAAGGAAACUUUGAGUGCACAAGACAUGGCAAUUCACCGUGCUUGACAAUAACUUGGUUUUCUAGUCACCGGGACAUGGAACAAGAAUUGCCGUUAUCGCAAGAGAUCUGCUGUCAGUAUGAGCAAAUGAGCCAGCAUUUAGAGGUCCCAGAAAAAUUUUCAGGAGUUUGUUUGUUGAAAUCUUGUGCCUUCUGAUAUAUAUUUUUAAGUUAUGGUUGACAAAUACAUUUAUUUUUCUGCCCCAGAUAGAGUUCCAUCAUUUGUUUUGUGAUCUUUUGAUCAGAUUAAGCGCAGCAGUGCUUGAACUAAAAAAGAAAUAAAUGUAGGCAAUUAAGUCUUUCACUGGAUUUUGUCCUUUUAGAAAAACAAAGAUGUACAAUUCAUACAUGGGGAAGCUCUUGCAGAACUAAUCAAUUACCUCCAUUCGGUCCUCUGUGAUGCCUUCUCCAAAUUCACCGUCAAACUAUAAAAUGAGUUUCACUUGGAGUACUUGUCCAUACGUGGCAUGUUAUCCUAAUGUUUGUUCAUUGGCAUUUUAACUUUACCUAGAAUACCACCAAGACCCAAAGACGUGCAGUUUUUCAUUAAAUCCUACGUUGUUCUGGAAAUUGUUCAAAAAGAGUACUUUGGAUGGUCCUGCACUUGUAGGGAUGAACGCAAAUAAGUUUUUGUUUAAAGUUAGGUUAUAUAAAAGUUUGUACUGUCUACAAUAUUGAUAAUAAAUUAUUAUCUAUAUAGAAAUCGUAUCGUCACCAUUGCUCUGGAGGACUAGGUGAAUGCUCAUUCCUUCUCGUAAUCUAUGAAUUCGGACACUAUCUUUUCCUAGUUGAUCUAUUGCUUGGUUGAUGUGGAAUCGAGUACCUAAAUCUUGUAAAAACAAACAAUUAGAAAUGGAAUAAUGCAUAUGUUGACAUUUUGCUGCCUCUGGGUUCAAUCUUUAGAGUUCAUCUGAUCAAGAACUCAAGGGCAUUCUUGAGUUGCGCUGAGUUAGCUGAUUUCAGCUGGACAACUGACAGGAAUUUGUACAAAUAGGUUCUGUGUUUCUGGAUUACUUUCCACUGAUCUGUGCAGAUUAAUCGAUCUCUGGGAAUAGAUGCACUUCAGAUGUUCUUUGUGCCAGAAGCAUUAAGCAUGAGUGCCAUUAGGAUUGAAGAAAAUUGGGAAGCAUUUUAACGCCACUUCCCUUCGGUUGUGGAUUUAUUCUUCAUUGACUACUUCUGGGGGUGCCUGUAUUGUGAUGACUGACCAUCAACCCAAAGUAAUAGAUAUUAAAUUUAAUUGAAAAUCCAAAUAUGAUUUUUCGGGGGGUGUUUUCUAAUGAUUUGUAGAUAUGGGACUUUUGGCAUGGGGAAAGAAUGAAUUGAUCUGUGCUCUCCAGAACAUAUAUUUACUGUGGAAAGCAACAUACUGAUAUUUUUAAGAAAACAACAUUCUACCGAUCAUCAGAAAUCUUUCUACCUCGUGAAUGAUGUAAGCAAGCACAAGAUAACCCACAUUUAAUUUUUAUUUUAAACUAUAUCAUAGUUAUUCAGACUGAUUUUGUAUUCUUACUGUCUCUUCCAGCUGGUUGAAUCAAACACCAUCUUCCUCAAAGUAUAUUUUUCCCUGACUUGGUACAUGAUAACUUUGCAGUUUGUAAACCAGGGUUGGCGUGGUCAAUUUUUCUUAUUUAGGAUCUAUGGUAAAUGACCAACUCAAUGAGAUAAAUACACAUUUUAUUGGUCACACAAUGUAGUUACAUUUAACUAUAAAAGCAAAAAUAUAUUUACCAUGUUAAAUUGGAGCUAUAUCCAGUAAAUUUUAUCCCAUCGAGUGGAAUGAACCGCAGCUUUUUUUGUGUUGUGACUUAAUAAAUUGUGGACUGUGUUUAAUCACCAA